AUGCUUCAUUACAAUGUCACUCCCCAAACUCUGACGGCAGGAAUCGCAACAGCAAACAAGAAAUCACCACAAAGAACAGCAAUCGCUGAUGAUGAAAUCUUUCACACCACUGUAUCAACUACGUCUAAAAGUCAGUCGGAUACGGAAGAUGACACGUCUUCUGAUGCUGUUCGGAUGGCUGUAAUGCUACAAAUCCUAAAAUUACUUCUUCAGAGCGUAAACAACAGUGAUGACGAUGAUGGAAAUGAAGUGCAUGAUAUCAUGUGUGAUGCAUGUGGAAAUAGUUCAGUACGCAGCGAUCGUUAUAAAUGUUUGCAAUGUGACGAUUUUGAUCUAUGUGCUGGAUGUUUUGAACAUCAAUUUAUGGCACGUGGCAGUCUAUCAAAUGUACUUAAGAACAAAGGCAAAAUAUCUCUACGUCGAAAAGUCCAUAUGGCUACACAGAUUGCUAGUGGAAUGCGAAAGAUUCAUGAACAUCAUAUGAUUCAUCGAGAUAUUCGAUCGGAUAAUAUUUUGGUCAAUCAACAAUAUACCUGUAAAAUCGGUGACAUGGGUAUUGCACGUGUUGUAGAUCCAUUCAAUCAACAUACACGCAUUGGCUGUCAGCCUUUCAUGCCACCAGAAUUUCACAGUGGCACCUACGAUCAAAAACUCGAUAUUUUUACGUUUGGUCUAACCUUAAAUGAACUCUUUACUGAAACACAACAUAUCUUUCAAUUCUUGGGUAAAGAGAAGAUUGCCUUUCAAGAAGCGAGUCCGAUCUUUCAAGAUCUUAUCGCUCGAUGCACGGCCCAUGAUCCGAAGCAUCGACCAGCGGCGAUCGAAAUUGAAAAGACUCUAGAAUUGUAUGCUCAAGGUUUUGAUAUGAUCAUCCUGAAGAAAAAUCUUGGCUAUAUUCGCUUAUCUACUGAACAAAAGAAUCAAGUUUUCAUCAAAUUCUAUGAAAAAUUCCACAAACCAGCAACGGAAUUCAUUCGAAAGAAAUUUCCAGCAAAAUUUUUAGAAGGACCAAAGUCUAUAGCUGGUGUGCGAGUUAAACAGGGUGGCAAUGAUGAACAACAAAUUAAUUGUCCUAUACAAUAG